CUGUGAAGGCUAUAUUAUUACAAUUUGUUUUGAAGGAUUACAAUGUGAAGAGCAGGCGAGCAAGUUGGACGAAGCAAACGUUAAAGAAAAUAUUACACCAGGACAUCAUGAAGCAGAGAUCUGCUAUGGAGGUGAAGCUGACUUACACAAGCGCUAUAACAGCUGUAAGAAGAAUCCAGGUCAUGUCAACUUUAUACCUGUUAAUAAUUUUAACUUGGAUCAUCUCCCCUUACUUUACCGUGACGACAUCAUGUUGGAAGUAAUCAAAGCUUUGUCUGCCCUAACGGUCUUGAUAAAGGUCAAAUACACCAGUCGAAAAAGGCCAAAGUCAGUUCAAAACUUUAGUGGACAAUAUCCAUGUUAUAACUUGAGAGGAAGAAGUGACGUGUUGAGAGUAGGUACGGGAAUGGUGGUUUGGGUACAAAAGUACACAGAGAGUGACAACAAGGGCACUUGUCCAUGUGUCAAGUGUCAACACUCGGACACACCCAGCAAGGUGUGGGGGGUGGUUAAUGUGCAGACAGCCAGACACGUGGUGUUUGAUGCCAGUGAGGUGAGACAAUCCAGGUGUGUUGUAGGCUACGAUGACAAUAAAAGUCCUGGGGUCAGUCUUGAUGGCUGGGAUGUGAUGUUCCAUAAUAUAAACAUUGAGGGAGACUGGUACAACUUUAAGUGUGUGUCGUGUGACCUGGAGUUGAUUGAAAAACUUGACACAACCAGACGUCACUUUCAAGAUCUGUUUUUGAAAGUCAGGGACAAAUACAGGAGAUUCGCGUUGUUAGGCAAGUUGACCGUUAUAGUGUCACAUCCUCAUGGCUGUCCUAAACAGGUCUCUGUAGGACAAUGGACUCGUAAAACUGUGAGGGAAGCGGAGUACGUUAAGUACAAUAAGUACACGUACACAACCUGUACAUGUCCUGGCUCCAGUGGAGCGGUUGUCUUCAGACCGGGAUAUGUUGGCUAUUCGUACCACCCACACAGUGGAUCAAACCCAGAGGAAAAUUAUAGUGCGGAAGCUCAGUUUUGACAUUUAUUUGAAGUUGGUCUGCACGUAGAAAUCAAACUUUUUAAUUCAUUUGACAUCAAUUUGUUAGAAAAAUAUUGUUUGAAAGAGUUAUAAGAAACAAAAUCAAAUGUCAUGUCUCAUUUAACUUUCUAUUACUUCCAACUUGAAUUUUUUACUGCUCGUAUUUUAACUGUGCACAGACAAAUAUAGGCCCAAUUAAGUUACAGAGAAAAGAAAGAUUAAUCCAGAAUAUUUCAUUUUUAUGCAAUAAAAUUAAAUGACACAUGAGCUGAAAAAAAUGUGUUUUGUGAACAUAUU